AUGAGAGAUUUAUCAUCAUUCUCGAGAAAAGUUUCGAAGUCAUCACCAUCGCUACAUAAUAACAAUCGUCAACAACCACCUCGUCGUCAUAUCAUUUUUCCUAUCCAACGUUUUUCUCAAUUCAAUUUUUUUCUCCUGCUUCUGCUAAUUCAACAUGCCUUCGCUGUAACUCCAAGGUGGGGACACACCGCUACACUGGUGAAUAACACCAUCUACUUCUUAGGCGGCAAGUCAAACAUCGAUCUAUUCAUCACCGACUUUCUCGCACUUGACGUCUCAACAGGUUUUUCUGUUUCCUCUCCACCAUGGCUAUCGCUUAAUUUCACCGAUGCCCCUCCUUUGUCUGGUCACACGGCCACACCUGGUGGUGCGAACAAUUCGAAAAUUAUUGUGUUCGGUGGUAGCUUGAUUGAUUCGGUUUAUAAUUUUUCUACGGUAGUCGGUUCACUUCCAAAGUUGUACACUUAUGAUCCUAGUAAUGAUAGUUGGCUGGUUCCCACCAUAUCAACUGGCAUCACAUUUCCCAACGGACCACCAAGAAGAUAUCAACAUUCCGCUGUUACCCUAGGCGUGCAAACUAAUUCGAAGUGGAUCGUGAAUAUUACUGACGGAGCUAACAAUGAGCAGGACAUUAUGAAUAGUAAUAUGAAUGGAAAAAUGAUAUUAUACGGAGGAUACGUGGAUGCUUCCACCGGUUCACCAACCGCAAACGCACUGAGUGACUUCUGGGGGCUGGACACGAUUGACAUGGAUGGUUGGAUAGGCUAUCCUAUGUCUAACAAUUCUCCCGGACGGUUGUAUAAACAUACCGCUAGUGUGAUUAAUGAAACAAAAAUGGUGAUCUUGGGCGGCAUCGGGGAGGAUGGUGUGAUGAGAAUGGAUACCGUAUAUGUAUACGAUUUUGUUGAGUCGGUGUGGUCGAUUCACAGCGCUGCUGGUCAAGUUCCCGCACCCAGAAGAGAUCAUUCUGCUGUCGUUUUCGAAUCAUCAUUAAUAAUUUACGGUGGCGCCGAUCUUAAUGGUACGACUAUCUAUGGCGACGUGGCCAAACUUAAUACCUCCACCUGGAAAUGGUCUGCACAACCAACCAUAAAUACGCCCCUUGGUAGAUUCCAACAUACUGCCACUUUGGUAGGGAUAAACAUGAUUGUUGGAUUUGGAAAAACUAAUGUCAACUCCAGCACGGCAGACAAAAACAUUUACAUUUUCAACAUUCUAAAUUGGACUUGGGUAGACACCUAUAUUCCGACCACUCUUGUCAAUCACUACCACAUAAAGCCAUCAUCAUCUUCCAGUUCGAUUUCCCGUGAUAUGAUAAUAGGCAUAGCCGUUGGCGGUUCGGUGAUCCUUUUAUUGUUAUUAAUGGCAUUGAUUUACUGCCUGAACAGAAGAUAUAAGAUUUUUGGGUUCCCGUGUUUUGGCACGCAAGAAAAUUCUCCACCACAAUCGCCGCCAAAUGGUGAUAGCGAUCUGGAGAGGAAUGAUGAUAUGAUUAACGAGGACGAACAGAGCUUACAUAUUAUAGAUAAUAAUCCGAUGGUAGAACAUCAUGGAUCUUUCAGCGGAUCGAUUAGACAACCUAAAUCGCUUGACUUAGAAUUCGGCGAUGAAAUAAAUACACCUUUCACCCCCAGUGAAUCACCCUCAUCAUCUUCUCCAGUGAAAUUUCUGCAGUUAUUGCCGAGUAGUAGUGACACGAAUACAAACAAUAACGAUUUUAAAAUAGAAACAGUGAUGGCUAGUAGCGAAAAUCUGUUGGGUGCAGCGAAUCCGGUUGCAUCACAGACGCCAAACCCGGAGUACAGAACGUCGUCACCUGUGAGUGGCGCAAAAAAUGAGAGGAGAAGUGUGAAAUUCAGCGAAACAAAUACAACCAUUGCACCUACCGAAUUCGGAAGUAGCAAUAAUAGUAUGGAAAGUCUGAGCAUAACCAGUGAAAAUGGAAACAGAGUGAUUGAAAAUGAAGAUGAUAACCAAGCAGGCCCAAGUAAUUCGUGGAGAGCCAGUUGGAUGAACUUGGGUAGCAUGAGUAAUUUCUCUGGUUUAAGGAGAAACAGUUUCAGUUUCAUAUUUAGGAGGAACAGUAAUAAUUCAAGAAACAAUGAAAGCGGUUCCGCUGGAAGAAGAUGGAGAAGUAAUUCGGAUGGAGGCGGUAAUAGGAUUAGAGGCAGGGGUAGAAGUUUUUUACAACGUAGGCGUUCAACAGGUGAUGAAGAGACGAGGUCCAGAUCCAGCAUCGAUAGCGUAAACAUUAGAAAUAUUGGCAUGGGAUUGGAUGUACAACACCAUCGUGGUGACUCGGUGGUCGUGCCGAGACGUGAGUUGAGAGUUGUUAAUCCGGAUGUUCGUGAUGAAAGCGAGGACAGUAGUUCCGAGAGUGGAUCAUCCGCUGAAGCUGGUGGUCAUCAUUUGGAAGGAGAGUGA